UCAUCCAUGUUGGUCCCUUCCUCAAUAGARGUGAACGUGAUUUUCAGCCCUUAUUGAGUCGGAAUGGCCCCCUAGUUUAACAUUACCGUAUCCUUGGAAAAAAGUCGCUCACAUGAGUUUUGUUUACUUCCUCUCUGAUUUGUUCGUGGACGUGUAAAGAAAGGCUCAGCUAUGACCCCCAAGCCAUUCAGCCCAGAAGAGAUCCAGAGGAUCCUGGGAUCUCUCCAGAGGCCUGCCGUCUUCCUCAACAUUACCUGUGAUUGGCCAGUGCUCCUCUGGACUGUAGACCACCUGUCACGAUGCCUUGGAGGGAAGGCUGUCCGGUUCAGAAUGGGAAGCAGACAGCAUGAAAAGAAGACACCUCUUUUUGAGACUCAAUGCUCAUAUGUGGAUGCCAAACUGGGGGAGUUUCUGUCCUGGACAGAGGGUCAGACUGCUGCAGAAGAUGUGGGGUGUUUCUCGAACUACCCCCUCUCUCUGUACUGGGCCUAUGCAGACUACAAAUACAUUGCACUGCUGCUCCAAGAAAAGCCCUCCAUGUUUGAGGACGUAGUGUGGUCUCAGUUUGGGUUCCCGGGUCGUAACGGGAGAGACAGCACACUGUGGAUUGGUACAGAAGGUGCCAAUACCCCGUGCCACCUGGACUCCUAUGGGUAUAACCUGGUACUACAGGUGCAGGGAAGGAAGCGUUGGCACCUGUUCCCCCCUGCAGACACGAGUUGUCUGUACCCCAGCAGGAUCCCCUAUGAGGAGUCUAGUGUGUUCAGCCAGGUGGACGUGCUCCAACCAGACCUCCAGAGGUUCCCUGCCUUCAGACARGCCAGGGCCUACACAGUCACCCUGCAGCCUGGACAGGUGCUGUUUGUCCCCAGACACUGGUGGCACUAUGUGGAGUCUAUUGACCCCAUCACCGUCAGUGUCAACUCCUGGAUUGAGUUGGAAGUUGAUGAUGAGGCGAGAGUAGGCGAGGCCCUCACCAAAGCCAUCGUCUGUGCUCUGAAGACGACACCUAGUAACGACAAUGAUGAUGACUGGCUCAAUCCCACUGAGGAGGGGUUGGUGGGACAUGACGAGAACAUGCAGUACCUGAACCUGGCUGUGGGGGCCUGCAUGGAGAAGAGAGGGAUAACAAGUCACCGUGACCAACAGACCCAGGACACCCCAGCAUGUCCAAGGGCAAAACGUGACUCCAGGGGCCAAGCUAAGAACACCAGCUCUUCAUCACCACCAGCAGAGUACCUUUCCUCCUCUUCCACACCAUCCACCAUGCCCUUCGGCCCUCACCUCAUCCCUGUGGCCUGGAACCAGAUCACCAACCAGGAAACUACAGAGCAGAACCCCAAAAACCAAGACAGAACGUCACCAUCCAGAGACUGUGACAUAAUCAYGUCUAGCAGCGUAACCCAAAACACCCCUCCCAGACCUGUCAGUGGGAGUAGAGCCCAGCACCAGCAUGGAGGGGAAAGCAUGUCCAGCUCCGGUUCAGCCUCAGACCCCCUACUGUUACCACAGCCAGGGUGCAGAGAUGGAGGAAGGCCACCACCUGGGGACAGAGACCAGAGCAAUGGUGACAGAGCACACUGCCCCAUCGCCAUCACCACCAACGACCUACUGCAGUGCCUGGUUCACCCUGAGGUCAUUGCUAGAGUCUCUGAGCUACUGAUGGAGAGAGUCCGGUCAGGGACAGCCACAACACCAUAGCUUCAUAAUCUACAUUCCAACGUUCAUUCUAGUAUGCUACUGAGAUUGAAUGCCAAAAUACAUUGCUUCAUUCUAAGUGCUAAGCUAGAAUGGAUAUUGCAACAGAGCCUAACAAGUAGAUUGUACGUAACUUCCCUCAAUUGUUAAAAAUGGGGAAAGGAGUCAUCAUCAGUAAGUCUAUAGAGUUUAACUGGGUUCAGUUGACUUGACGGCUGAGGUAGUCAAGGUGGAGCAUAUCAUGGUAUUAAUACCUCUGACACUGGCUCUUAUUUCCCCUAAUGCUGCUGGGAGUCUCUGGSUGCGUCCCAAAUGGCACCUUGUUCCCUAUAUAGUGCACUACUAUUGACCAGAACGGCUUGAUGAUAAGGCGAGAGUAGAACGGUCCUGGUCAAAAGUAGUGCACUAUAUAGGGAWUAGGGUGCCAUUUGGGACGCAAGCCUCUGUGGAGUUAACAGUGAUUCAGAAACCACUGAAUGAACGGCCAUGCUCUGCAGUGCCCACAUGGGAAAUCCUGCCUGGCUGAUAGUUAUUCCAAAGUGUCAGAGAAGGGAAAACGGAAAGAGGUUUCACACUUUUUUCUAUAUUUUCCCUCCUGCUCCUCCUUUUUCUACCCCAUCUACACUGAGUGUACAACACAUUAUGAACACCUGCUCUUUCCAUGACAUAGACUGACCAGGCUAAUCCAGGUGAAAGCUAUGAUCCCUUAUUGAUGUCGCCUGUUCAAUCCACUUGACACAAACCUGUUCUUGACACCGGUUUYUGUCAAGAACUGCAAUGCUGCUGAGUUUUUAACGCUGAACAGUUUCCCGUUUGCAUCAAGAAUGGUCCAACCACCCA